AUGUAUAUUGGAGAGGAGAAACCAAGUGAUCGUAAUCCUGUUGAAAACAGGAAUGAAGAUAAAGAUGACAAAUCUGAAUCUCCGGAAGAAGAAAAACCUGAUGAAGGAGAAAAUAAAUUGGAUACAGCUACAGAAAGGGAGCCAUCAGGAAAAGGUGGUGAAGAGGAAAUGAUUGAAACACCUGAAAAAACAGGAUUGGAUACAUCAACUGAUUCAUCAGAAGAGACUGAAGAAGAAGAUGUGCCUGAAGUAGUUGAGGAAAGCUUGUCUGAUUCGGAAAAAGCAAGGAAACCAGUGCAUUUCCUUAAUGUAGUUUUUGAAAAGGUCGAAAAGGAAUUAUCCGAGAAGAAGGAGGAAGAUUAUGAAAUAAAGGGAGAUUUUGAUGGGAAGCAAAAGAAAGAAGAAGUAAUGAAUUUGCUUCGUGAGUACAAUAAACUGAAAGGAGGAUCUGCCAUGUCCAAAGAAAAUUUUGAUAAGUUAUGGCGCCAAAAACAAAGGAAACUAGGGAACAAGUUUCCUUACAUUGUAGAAAAUGUAAUUGCGGUUUUGAAAGAUGUAAAAGAAGAUGAAGAAAAGCCUUCGGAGCAACAAGAAUCGACUGAUUUGCCUGAGGCUGAAGGGACCUCAACUGAAUUUUCAAGUUCUGAACCAAGUCCUGCCAAAGAACCAGAUAUAAGUGAAGCUCCAAAAGAUACCUUUGCUGUUUGGGCCUCUGAAACGGGGAAUAUAUGUCUUCUUGCUAAGUUUCAAGGCAUUAUUACUAUUUAUUAUUCAACUGAGAAAGGAGAGCAGGAUAUUAAAGUUCCAGUUCCUAAUGUUGAAAAAUGGAAAGGAAGUUGUUCACCACCACUUAUCUCUUUUGCAUCUGAUGAACAUGAUACUGUUAUCUUAAAUAUGUUGUUAUCAGAGACAUCCGAAGAUAGUUGGGCUGUGACUUCCAUACAACUGAACUAUGACACAUCUAAUAAACUGUUUGAUGGAUCUAACAAUCAUAGAAACAUGACUGCUACGAGCAAAGAUUUGAGCCUGUUUGAAACACCAAUGGGCCGGUCUUAUUUCUGCCCAGGGCAUGAAACUGUGCUGCUCUACAAUGAAGAUAAAAAACAAGUAGCUACUGUUAAAUUGAGUGAAAUACAGCUGCAGCCUUAUCAAGUUGAAGAUAACAAAUUCAGUGAAGAGAACCGCUGCACUCAAGUUAUUCUGGAAGGCCCGGAUAUAUUUGCUGUCAAUGAAACAAUUCCCCUUGCUGUUGGAAGCACUUUGGCCUUGAUUACGUUGCUGAUUUUGGUUGGAUUUUCAGUUCAUCGAGCUUACCGUGCAGCAAAACCUGACUACAACUCAAUGCAAUAGACUACUAUUUCUUCUGGAAAGUGAAACUGAUGAUGUGUGAAUUACUUAUGUUGGCCUUAAUGAGAUCCUUUAUUGGAAAAAAUUUGUGGUGAAAAAAAUUGAAUCCUUUAUAGUAUCAAGAUGUGAAUUUUUCUGAACUAAGUAGCUUUGAGGUGACUUUGUCAUGCAUUUCCAAAAUAACUGUGUACUGGUUUUACUGUUGUAAAUCAAGUACAAUUCUAAAACUAAAAGAACUUCGAACUUUUAUUUUAAAACACUUAUUUCUGAACCUGUCUUUUCAAAUUUCAUACCCAUUUUUCCCCGUGAUGCAUUCUAUAACUAAGAAUAUAUGUGCUUGAAUUUGUUUUACAUUUAGUAACAUGACAACUCAACGAAUCAAACGAAUUUUUUUUCCAGCUUUCAAUCUGUGGUUUUCCGAAUACAAUCUCUAAUUAGCUUAGGAAUGAGUGAGUCAACCUCCAUGGGAAGGUUGUGUGUUUAUAAUACAUAUCUACAUAUUCAAUAAAAAAAAUUUGAGCAGUGAAACCCUCUUAUACAGAUCAGUUGGUACCAAGUGUUGUCUAGACAAGAGAUAAAGGUCUCCAAUGCUUCUAUGCUUGAUUCAGAUGUUCUGUGCUUCAGGAUAUAAAAAUAAACAAGAGGUGAGACUACUGCAUCCUUAAUAUUGCUUGUAUAUUUACUUACAGAAUUUUAACAUCACAAUAAAGACAAAACACAUAAUUUUAUCUAUUGAAAAUUCAAAAACAGUAAUAUAAAUGGUGGUAUCGAAGAAAAAGAAAUGAUUUUUAAAAAGUCUUGAACUUAUUUUUUUUUUUAAAGUACAACAUACUAAAAUAUAAAACUAUUCAGUACAAAACUUUUUAUACAGUGGAGUCUCCACUUACGCGAGGGAUACAUUCCAAGAACCCUUUCAUGAGUUGAAAUUUUGCAGUGUGAAAAAAGUAUUUAUACGACUUUUGCAUAAACAUAAAUUUAUUUUAGACAAUUGUAAACACCACUCAAACUGUUUUAAACUAAUCCUUAAGUAUCUGUGGACAUUUUCUACACUAAGAACUGAAUUUGUACUGCAAUAAAACAACCUGUGUUAUUCAAUAUAAAAUACUGUUAUGACGCCAAAAUCAAUGAAAGAGAGGGACAUAAAGUGUUCUACUGUACAUACAGUAAGCAAUAUUAAUAAUGCAGCACUAUUAUACUACUGUGCAGUUGAUAGAGUAAUAGUAAUUAUAAUUAAAAAAUGAAGAUGAUGAUGGUUAGCACUGUGCAGGUGAUCAUAAUGUUAUCAGUCUUCUCCUGCACAUUGAGGAUCUUUACUUUUUCUUUAAUUGUAAGAAACUUACUCUCCUCUAGCUUAAGGUGAAGCACUGCGCUUAGGUGCCACUAUGUUAAAUUAACUUUCUCAUUUAGAAUUUUAAAAAAAGAUAUGCUUGGAAAAUUCGGAGAGGUAUUUGUUUACACUAACAGAGCAAUGUUUAGACAAGUACAGUGUGGGAACUUCCGCUUUCAGUGAUCUAAAGGGAUGAAAGUCCAUUCAGGAAACCAAUAUUUAGUAGACAAUAACAAAGCACAUACUUAUGCCCUGUGAUUCCCUUUUGAGAACGUUCGUAUUGCAGAGCAGGAAUUCAUAUUAACUCUAAAAUUCGCUACUCGAGAAAACUCACAUUGAGCGUGAGUCCACUGUACAUAUAAACAAAUGAAAACUUAUGUAACAUAUCGGUAAAAAAAAAAAAACUAAGUAGAUGUUUACAAAAAUUUGUGUUAUUAAGAGUCAUGUAUCCACAUAUUUUGUCUUGCAAUAAAAUGAUAAAUUGCUGUUUUGUUCAAACAAUUCUUACAUUUUUCAGAUAAAUCUUAUUUUGUCUUAAAUAAGUUAUAUGUAAGAUCUGCAUUAGAAGAAGUCUGUAUAAAAAGGGUUUCAUCAUAUAUUUUUAAAAAUCUUACCUUUUCAGUGUACUAGUGUACUAUUGAAUCUAAAAAAUAAUGUAAAUGUUUUGAAAACAAUGAAAAAAAUGUAACAAUAAUGAUUUAAAUAUUGUUUCAAGUAUUUUUUUAAAUUGGACAAUAUUAUUAACUAAGAAUAUAAGCAUUAUUUAAAUGCUGAUUAUUAUUUUAAGAAGGGAGGAUGGCAGUAGUUCUGCUCCUAUCAGGUUACGUAUUGUACUAAACAUUCAUAAUUACACUCAUUAUGUAAACACUAUGAUAUUUUUCUCACAAAAUGCUUGAAAAAAUAUAAUGCAAUGUAAUACUAAGUAUAAAAAAUUAUAAUUGUCUGAAUUUUGCUAUGCAGCAGAGGGUUGCCAUUAAGCUUGGGCAAGGGGGGCAAUUACCUUGUAUCCUGCACUUGAUGGAGUCUUUUACUACAAUAAGCUGAAUCUGAAAGGGUUAUAAUUGCUGCUUAGAUUCAUUUUUUGAUCAAAAAUGAGCCAAAAAAAAAAAAAAAAAAAAUUAUGUAGAGCCGAUAAUUUCUUUAAAUUUGAAGUGUAAUUCUAAUAUUUUUUUCUUCUUUCCAAUGUCCUAUUGUUACAAACAAUAGAAAAAAAAUCAACUUCAAAAAGAUCAUAGAUUUAAUGUUUAGUAAAUGUGUUUACUUAGACAUAAAUGAAAAAUUUUGUGCAAGAAAAUUUAGCAAUGUAUAAAAAGCUUGAAUGUGAUGAAUUAAUUACACUUAUAAAAUUUAAGAAAGCAACUGUAAUGUCUAAUAAUAAAUAAAAAUAGCUAAUGGGUCAAUAUUAAUAUCGUUUGUGAAUAAAUUCUGACUAUUUUUCUUAUUUUUGUAAUUAAGUUCUGAAUUUGAAAAUUAGGUAUUUAAUUUAAAAAAAAACAACCCUUUGAAAUUUUAAUUUCUAUCAAUUUUAUCUUCCUUUAAAAGAAACCUUUAAGUUCUGCCCACAAUUACUGCAAAAGCUAGUGACAGUCCUGAUAUAGUUGACAUAAGUAAAAUAAUUUUUUAAGCAAAAAAAAAAAAAGGGAAAUCCCCCUUUUUCAGUGUUCUAAAGCUGUAGAACUGUAAUAAUGAAUACAUAUGAGAAAUGAUGAAUAUACAUAAUAAUAUAAAUAUUAGAAAUCUGUAAAUACUCUUAUAACUGAAUUUUGUAUUUUUUUUUUUUGCAAAUGCUACAUCAGUUGAUUAACUUUCUGGAUAAUAAUGGUCUGCUGUUGGGUUUGCAGUAUGGUUUUAGUAAAGGAAGAUCCUGUGUAACCAAUUUAUUGUAUUUGUAUGAUAAGGUUACAAUGGCUUUAGAUAACAAAAAGUGUGUAGAUACUGUUUACAUUGACUUUUUAAAAGCUUCCGAUAAAGUAUCACAUGUUGCUCUGCCAAGCAAACUGGUUUGUAUUAGAAUAGAUGAGAAAACUUUAAUUUGGGUUAGAAAUUGGCUUAUGGGAGGAAACAAAGAGAAGCUGUUAGGGGUAAUUAUUCUCUGUGGACUUACAUUUUGAGUGGGGUUCCACAAGGUUCAGUUUUGGAGCCAUUGUUGUUUAUUAUUUUUCUUAAUGAUGUUAGUUUAUUAUUUUUCUUAAUGAUGUUAGUGAAAGUCUCUCUGGAAACAUUAAUAUUUUUCCUGUUGAUGUCAAAGUAAUGGGGAUAGUUGACAGUGAAGAUCAAGGGAAAAAGCUUCAAGAGGAUUUAGAUCAAAUUUCUAAGAGGGCAGUUAAGUGGGGUUUGCUUUUAAAUGUUGGAAAGUAUUAAGUGACUGGUAUGGAAUGGCUUGUUAUUUACAUUUAAGUCAUGGAAGAAUGGCAUAUAAGCUGUCAUUUACAGGCAUCCAUUAUUACCAAAAAAGAAAGAAGUGUUGAUCUGCAUGUCUUAAUUAGUCAAGGCUUUAAGCUUAGUCAGCACUUCAGUACAGCAAGUAACAAAACCAACAGAAUGUUGGUCCCCCCCCCCCUAUAGAUCUAUUUUACUUACUUCUAAGGAAGUUCUACCUUUAUACAGAAGUUAGUUCUGCCCUCAUUUGGAGCAUGCUGUACUGUUUUGGUCUCCUCAUCUUAAAAAAGAUAUUGACUUAUUGGAAAGAGUUCAAAAGAGAGCUACUGGCUUAGCAAAACGAUUUUCGAAUUUAGACUAUGAUUCGAGGCCUAGAAUGCUUAAUAUGUAUAAUCUUGAGCAAAGGAGAGUAAGAGUGGUCAUGAAGUCCAGUUGUCUAAGUUCAUUAAAAUGGAGGAUUUGUUGGUGGGCUAAAUUUUUGCACAAAUGGUAAGGGAAAAGACCAUUAUUUUAAGAUAUUCAAACUACAAGAUAAUCUUUAAGUUAGAAAAACAGGGUUGUAGGCAUUUGGAGUAGUUUACUGAAGGCCACUGUUACUAGCAAUGGGGUGAAUAGUUGUAAGAGGGCUUUUGAUGUUCAUUGAGAUUAAUAAAUUGAUGAGGACCAGUCUAGCUGGACCCAGAACCUUUUGCUGGUCCUCAUAUUUGUAUUACAUAUGCUGUUUAAACAUGAGUUUAUUUUAAAAUAUUCAUAUUAUUCUAAUAGUUUAAAACUUCAGUAAACACUUAGAUUUUAUUUCAUGAUCAAUGAAAAUUAGUUAAUGUGCAAAAACAUGCAUUUUUGUAACUGUUAUACACUUUUUAAAUUCAACCAACAAUUUUUUUGUUCUUCUUAUCACCACCAUCUAUAUAUUUUUUAAUAUUAAAAAUUUUUAAGUGUUAAUUAAAUUAUUUCGUAGUUAUUCUUUUUUUAAUUUUAAUUCUGUAUUUUAACCUUUUGAUUUAAAUAAUAUACUAUUCACAAUGGUAAAGUUAUUUUUUUAAUAGAGAAACACACACACAAAAAGGGCACUGAAUCCUAGAUAAUUUACAUUAAAUAACUUGUCAAGAACUAUCCUACUUAUAAAUAAAUAACUUGUCUGUUUUAUGUUCUAAAAAAAUUAUAUUUGACAAAAAGUGUGUACUCACCAAACUAUCAUUACCUAUUAGAAAUGUAUUGUUAUAUUCAAUGGUGUGCAGUAAGUGUAAAAUGCCAUGCUUUUUGAAUUAUUAAAUGAGAAUAUAAACUAAGCAUAUAUUAUAGUUAUUUAAUUUUUAAUGUAACAUUUCUUAAUUUUUCAAACUGUGUUGACUCAUUACAAAGUUAAAAAAAAAAAAAAAAAAAAAAAAAAAAAAAACUUGUAAUUAUGUAAUAUAAAUUAUACACAUUAUUCAUGCAUUCUUUUAUUACAAGUAUCAGGUCCGUUAUUUUGACUUUGUUGAAGGAGAGAGGUAAAAUUUAUGCACUCAACAUUAGUAUUUACACAUAUACUUAUACAUACAAUGUGAGUGUAUAGCUAAAAGCCAAUGAGGAGGACAAUUGCCCUGUCCUAACUCACUAAAAUGACCAGCCUGGCUAAGACAUUCAGGCUCAUUUAAAUAGAUAAAUUAUAAAUUGAUGUUUUCUUUUUAUUAUUAGUUUUAUUUAUUAUUCCACACUAAAGGAACCUUUUUUUUUUUUUUUUUCUUUCUUGAUUAAGGUAAAAAUCUUGAAAUUUAUAUUGCUGAAAAUAAUUCUAUGUAUGACUAAUAUGUUGUGAUGAAAAAAUGUUAUUUUUUACUGCUAUAAAUACUCUUAAACUUGUAAUAGAAAUGUUACAUAAUCUUUAAAAUAUAUAUGUAUUUGUUUUAUUUAACAAAACUUUACAAUUGUGUUCUGAAAAGACAAUUUGCAUUUUCAAUAUUUAUUGAUUCAGGUCCCAAUUUCAAAUCUUGUUAUUCAUUUAAAAAAAUGUUUAAUGUAGCACUUUAAUAUAUACC